ACCUGUGACUGCCGUUAAAAAUAUUUACAAAAAAAGAGAAUUUUUUUAAAAAAGAAAUAAAAAAUAAAAGAAUUCAUAUAGUGUGUCUGUAUGUUAGUGCUACCAACAAUCAAAGUGUCUCCAAUCGGGAAUCUCAUUAAAUCAUGAAAAAAUAAUAAUAAUAAAUUUUUGCAUCUUAUGUUUUGUGCUGAGUUUUUUAUGAUUGUCGUCGAUUGUGAUAAGAAAGAGGCGAGGAGGAGAGAAACAAAAUAAAAAUAAUAAAAAAACAGUCAGCAGCAAAAAGAAGUCCUCAUUCGACUUUAAUAUUGUUUCUUUUUGCUUUAAAAAGAAGAACGAAGGAGUAAAACAAAAUGACCAAAAUUAUUCGCAUAAAUUUUGGAGACGAGAAUGAAAUGAAGUAAAAAAAAUAUAAUUUAGUGCAAUUCGCGAAUGUCGAUAAAUUUUUAUCAUAAAACUUGGCACCAAACGAAACCUGUUUGCGUUUUGCUUACUGAAUUGUUUUUUGUCACAUCACAAGAAUAAUUGGAUAUUUUAUACAUACGUAUAUAGUAUAUAUAUAUAGACAUACUGUAUUACUCUACACAAGAACAAAAAAAAAUAAAUAUAUAAAAAUUGAGAACGAGACGAGGAGAAGAAAUUAAAAAAGGCAUAACAAUAAUGACUUCAUAUGUAUAUGGAGCGACUGUAAUUUUAGUUUCCAUCCUUUGCUACUACAACUCCCUAAAUUGCAACUUCGUCUUCGAUGAUAUCUCAGCGAUAAAGGAGAAUCGCGAUUUGCGUCCUCAUUCGCCAUUAAAGAAUAUCUUCUUUAAUGAUUUUUGGGGAACUCCAAUGCACAAAGAGCAAAGUCAUAAAUCAUAUCGGCCAUUAUGUGUAUUGACGUUUCGAUGGAACUUUGCAAUAUCAGGCAUGGAGCCGAUGACUUAUCAUCUUGUGAAUAUGCUCUUACAUGCUUUAGUGUCUGUCAUGUAUUAUCGCAUGAGUACAAUAAUUCUAUCCGAUGUGACAGCUUUCAUUGCUGCAUUGCUAUUCGCUGUUCAUCCAAUUCACACUGAAGCUGUAACGGGGGUUGUUGGACGUGCUGAAAUUCUGUCGAGUGCGUUCUUUUUAGCAGCUUUCAUAUUUUAUGUGAAAGCGACGAGACGAAAAAAAUCGACAGGAUGGAUGUAUCUUAUACCAACAGUAUUGGCUGUGUCAGCAGCCAUGUUGUGUAAAGAGCAAGGAAUAACAAUUUGUGGAGUUUGUGCGAUUUAUGAAAUAUUUGUAGCACAAAAGCUCCACAUCAAUGAUAUAAGACAUUUGAUACAGAAUGUGGCGAGUGGAAAAGCACCGUCGCUUUCGACAAAUUGGUGGCCAAAUGAAGCUACCCGUCGCCUUAUAGUGCUGUGCUUAUCGACCCUUGGUCUUCUUUUUGCCCGUCUUAACAUAAUGGGCUCACAAUUGCCAGUCUUUACAAAAUUCGAUAACCCAGCGAGUGUUGCACCAUCACCCACACGACAGCUAACUUAUAAUUAUCUCGUGUCAGUUAACUUGUGGCUGUUACUCUUUCCCGAUGCUCUCGUAUGCGAUUGGACAAUGAAUUCAAUUGAAUUGAUUAAGGGCUUCGUUGAUCCACGGAAUUUAUUGACGCUGUUAUCAUACUCGAUAAUUGGGUGGCUUUCAUGGAUUGCAAUUAGUACGGAGAAUCGACGAAAGGCAAACGUUCUUAUUAUGGGAUUGGCAUUUAUGGUUCUACCAUUUCUGCCGGCGAGCAAUUUAUUUUUCCCAGUUGGCUUUGUCGUUGCUGAACGUGUCCUGUACAUGCCAUCAAUGGGCUUUUGUCUUAUUGUUGCUUACGGUUUUCAUCUAGUAUCUGAAAAAUGUUCAAAGAAAAUGGUCUGGUGCUUUAUGGCAUUUUUUAUACUCUCACAUUCGAUGAAAACAUGGUCCAGAAACUUUGAUUGGGAAACGGAAUAUUCAAUUUUCAUGAGUGGCCUGCGGGUGAACAAACGUAAUGCAAAGCUCUUCAAUAAUGUUGGGCAUGCGCUCGAAAGUGAGGGUAAAUUUGAUGAGGCAUUAAAGUAUUUCCAAGCAGCAGUGAAAGUUCAAAAGGAUGACAUUGGUGGCUGGAUUAAUGUUGGACGAACUUAUAAUCAUUUAAAGUCAUACAAGGAGGCAGAAAAUGCCUAUUUAAUUGCUAAAAGCCUCUUGCCAAAAGCAAAACCCGGCGAGUCUUAUCAAGCACGUAUCGCACCAAAUCAUCUUAAUGUCUUUCUAAAUCUCGCAAAUCUCAUAUCGAAGAAUGCAACAAGAUUGGAGGAGGCUGACAGUCUAUAUCGACAAGCGAUAUCAAUGCGUAGUGACUAUACGCAGGCAUACAUUAAUAGAGGUGAUAUAUUAAUCAAAUUAAAUCGAACGAAAGAGGCUCAAGAGGUCUAUGAGAGAGCAUUACUGUAUGACAGUUCCAACCCUGAUAUUUAUUACAAUCUCGGGGUAGUGUUUUUGGAAUUGAAUAAGCCAGCACAAGCUCUAGCGUAUUUGGAUAAAGCGCUCGAAUAUAAUCCAGAACAUGAACAAGCAUUGCUGAACUCAGCAAUUUUAUUACAAGAACUUGCACGCCCAGAGCUUCGGAAAAUUGCUAGAGAACGACUGAUGAAGCUACUCGAAAAGGAUGAUCAAAACGAAAGAGUUUUUUUCAACUUGGGAAUGUUGGCAAUGGAUGAUAGAAACAUUGAAGAAGCUGAACACUACUUUAGGCGAGCAAUUCACAUAAAAGAAGAUUUCAGAAGUGCACUAUUUAAUCUAGCGCUCUUGUUAGCUGAUGACCAUCGACCAUUGGAAGCUGCUCCAUUUUUGAAUCAACUUGUAAAGUACCAUCCAGAUCAUGUAAAGGGACUGAUUUUACUUGGAGAUAUUUAUGUAAAUACACUCAAAGAUAUUGAUGCAGCCGAGCAUUGCUAUAAGAGAAUCCUUCAACUAGAUCCUGUCAACAUACAGGGAUUGCACAAUUUGUGUGUGGUAUAUGUGGAACGAGGUCUAUUGGCAAAGGCUUAUGCAUGUCUAAACGAAGCUCAUAAGCUGGCACCGAAUGAAGAUUACAUAAUCAAGCACAUACAGAUUGUAGAGACACGUUUGGCAAAACUAAAGGCACAGCCAUCAUCAACACGUGAGAAAGACUUAGCAUUUCAAGAGUAUGAUCCACGUGAGUUUGGUGGACGUAGCUUGAGACAGAAUAAAGUAGACUUUAAGAGCAUGAAAACAUCGCAAGUUGGUGGAGAGAGACCAAAGAUGGUGCAGACAUCAAUGGAUCCUGUUUUUCUCGACUCGCAUGCAACUGACAACUUUCAAAAGCAUGAAGGCAUGAAACGGAUUCAAAACAAUUAUGCUACAGACCUAGACGGUGAGAAAUCACAGGACAUUCUUUCAGGCAUAAAAUUAUAA